GCGAUUACCUGAAAAAGGCUUGCAUUGCUCAGUCGUCGUUUACUCGCUUGCAACCGUGCCCCUUGCUUUGUGGAUCUACCCCUCGCGAGACGAUGAAGGUUUUGAUGGUUUUUGCCGCUCUUCUGGCCGUCUCCAUGGCUACUGAGAGGCCAGGAUAUUAUGGCUCAUACCAUCCCAGGUACCUAUCCAACCCAAGAGGUGUUGGUCCCAAACCAGACUCUGUUCGCGCAGGCAUUGCCAAUGCUCAGGCCGUCGCCGAGGCUAAUAAGAAAUCUUCUCAGCAAAGGGCAGCUGAGGCCGCUUCUCUUGCCGACCAGGCCGCCGCCGCUCAAAAAGCCGCCGAUGAGGCCGCUGCCGAGGAAGCCGCUAGACUCCAACAAUCUCAGGAGGCUGCCGCCGCUGCUGCCGCCGCCGAAGAGGAGGCCGCUAAACAGAUCGCCAUCGCCGAAGCCGCCGAGGAGGAGAAGAAAGCUCAGACAGAGGAGGCCGAGAGGCAAUCUGCGCUUGCCGUCGAAGCAGCUGACGCUGCUGAGGCCGCCAAGGCAGCUUACGACGCCUCCAAAGCCGAGCAGGUCGCCGCUAGCGACAAGGCUCAGGAGGCUAGCGCUGCCUCCGCCGCUUCCCUUGCUGCUGCCGAGGAGGCAAAGGAGGCUUAUCACGCGGCUAAGGCCCAGGCUGACGCUGCUAACCAGGCCGCUGCUCAAGCCGCUUCUGAGGCCGCUGCCCUAAGAGCCGCGUACGAGGCCGCCAAGAGGGAAGCUGAAGCUAUCCUUGCUGGUAGCGCCGCCAAAAAGGGUUACUAUUAAAAACUGGUUUUAUUAAGAUCAUUGGUGGACAAGACGAGCACUGUGUGGGACGACGUUUUGACCAAUUUUUAAAGAAUCCAUGAGAGCCUGACCCAGCGUGAUCUCUUGAUGAAUUUUGAUAAAUUCAUUUAAUCGGGGUGUCGGUUACAGUACCAUUUGGCUCGAUUUUUACUACAUUAUCCUGGAUUGCGGGAAAUAUAUACUGCUGGAAUAAAACGAAAAACUUAUCGUAUAAAUA